AUGUUAAAUAGUAGAGUGUGUGGAGAGUUUGAAAGUAUAUGGAAGCUUUUUCCAGAUGAUUUAAAUGCAUCUGGAGAAUAUUAUAUUGGUGGUGGAACGAUCAAAAACUACUGCCCUAAAAAAAACUGUGACAGCGAUAUCAAUAAGAUUGAUGCUGGAUGCUUAUGGUUAUUUAAUCAAUUUUAUGGAAAACCAUAUAAUUUUUCGAAUUAUGCAAAUGACAAUAUUGGUAUUGUUGUAUUUAUUAUGAUAUGGUUAGGCUAUAAAUUAAAUAAAAUGUUAAAUAAAGAAUUUCCCAAUUUAAAAGAUUUUUAUAGUAAAAACAUUCAAAAUGUCGAGGAGUAUAAAAAUUCUAUAGAUGAUGUUUCGGAAUAUAAAUCUUAUAUUGAUCUUAUAAAUAAAAACGAGUAUGUGAUAAAUAUUUCUAAUGAAAAUAUGUCUAAACUUUAUGAUUUAUUUAAAAAUUUGUGUAAAAUGUAUAAUGAAGUUUCAAAGACGAACAAGGAUAGAACAAAAUAUUCAAAAUAUGCUAAAGAAUUUGUUAAAAAAUAUAAAGAUCUUAAUGAAGAUUCUAAUAAUGUUGAAGGAAGUUCAUAUAAACAAAUAUUGUCUACAUUAUCAAGUGAAUAUACAUAUUUUAGAAAUAGUUACGUUAAUUCUAAUAUACGAAAUAUAUUUCCAGAACUUAUAACGGAAAAAACACCACAAGUUUCUAUAACUUCUAAAGAAUCACAAAUGCAUGAAACAUCGAGUGAAAUACCAGAAUCAAGAUCUGAAGCUGAUGUAUCAGAUUCUCAAACAACACUAUUUAGUUCAUUGACAAUAAACAAACUAAUUCCAAUUCCAUUUAUAUUUGUUGCAACAUUCAUUUUAUUAGGAAUUGCAUAUAAGUAUUCGUUAUUCGGAUUUCGGAAACGACCUCAAAAACAAUAUUUAAGAGAGAAGCUAAAAAAAUAA